CCACAACCACCCAACAGACACAUCAAGCCUUUCCCUUUUAAAUAAUGUGUCCAAUAGCUGGCAGCCAUGUUGAGCUCUUAUAUGAAGUACAUCAGCACCAUUGUCAACUCGAUUGGCCCCUCUUCGUUGGACCUGCGGUGGCUGGGCGGCGGAGGCUGGGAAAGACAGGCGGUCGUUUAGCCAACCACCUCAAACACUCAUGGCAGCCCAAUUCAGAGCUUCUUUCUCCCUUGCUUCCUGCCCCAAUUCUUUUCAGACUCUUAUGUACCCCCUUGACCGGCUCGGGUCCUAUGCGUGGGAAAUGCCCAUGAGCUAUCUCAUACUGAAAGUGCAAGUGAGUGAUUGAGCGUAUACAUUCCUCGGUUGAUCCCGACCGCCAUGUUGGCUCCGGGUUCGGGCAAUGUCAGUCUACGGACUGUCAGUUCAAGUAGACCGCAGAUGAUACAUACCGAAGAUCAACAAUCCGUUGCCGCUUCAGAUGACUACUAUUCGUUCUCGAGCCAGAGUUCCAGCGCAAGGUCUCGGACGAGUGGCAGCCGAGUCAAUGUCGUGCGCUAUGCGACUCCCAACUCUCGCCCUGCAUCUCAUACGCCUUCCCCUAGCGUUUCAAGAUCACAUCUCGCCCCGCCGGUGGCUGGCACGCGCUCGCAGCCCUCAGUGGACUCCUCGAGCGAUAAUAGAGUCUUUACUACACCCGCGUCCCGAACGAUACGCUCCGUUGAGGAUAGAGAAGUUCACCUGAGCCCUAUGUCUCACACCACGUCUAGCCAGGCGCCCGCUGAUAGCUACGCCGGACGCCCACCGACUCCCGGAAUGGACGACUCGCCUUAUAUUCACUUCGCCAUCAGCCAGCUGACGCGUGAUGAGGACGUCGCGGGUCCCAGGCGGAGAAGUUCGAUCAUUAGCCAGGACUCUCCCGCGGAGCCGCUGCUCUGGGAUGAUGGUCUUGGCUGCUUCAUCCGCUCGCAUGGGCCUUCUUCAACUCCGGCAGUGAGACAGCAACAGACAUCUCCCAUUUCCGCAAGAAGGUCACCUCAAAAUUCGGUGGACCCGGAAUCAUUCGUCCCAGUGGAUCCUCCGGAGGAAAGCCUACUGUACCCUGCAUUAGAUUAUGUGCCCUGCGUACUACGCACAUGGGCUUUAAUGGCACUCACGACAUGCUGUCUGCUUAUGAUGGCGGGAAUCAUCUUUUGCAAUGUCUGGUCGCCGCGACAUCAAGGACUAUGGGAUUAUGAGAGGCAGGGUGGUUCUCAUUACUUCGUGAUGCAAUUUUUACCGCAGAUUCUGGGUAUGAUCAUCACUCUUUGGACGUUUGUGGUUCAGGCCGCCGUGUAUCGCAUCAUGCCGUUUGCCAUCAUGGCAUCGGAACGGCCGUACGAUCGCGUCCUACAAGGACUGCCAAUUCUCUCGCGCAACUUCAUCCUGCCGGAUCUCUCGCACUUUAAGCACGGAGAGGCUCUCGUUGGAUUCGCUUUACUUUCCAUGUGGCUCUCCAAUAUUAUCGCACUGCCGCUUCUCAGUUGUCUGUUCCAGGCCAAAUGGUAUAUAAUCGACGGCCAGGGGACCUGGCGAUGGGCUUCCGUUCUGGCCGUCGGUUGGACGCUAGUGGCCAUCUACGGCUUGUCGACUAUUGGACUCAUCCUACUUAUGCUCCGCUUCGUCCGCACAUGGUCUGGCUUAAUGUGGGACCCUGUUAGCCUGGCGGACCUCAUUUCGGUCAUUCAACGGUCAAACAUCCUGCAUGAUUUUGAACAGUCUGAAACAUUGCCCCACGUUGGAGAGUCGCUUGAACCUCGAUUUCUCCGGCUAGGUUAUUGGCAAUUGUCAAACCGCGGAGAAACCUUCUAUGGCAUUGGCGAGGUCGAUGCGCCAAUCCGAACACCGUCUUUGCACCACCUGGAGAAGAACCUUCAAAUGCAGUCGCAUGGACUGUCCAAAGUGUCAAUAGAUGUGGAACGACAGGCAAUAACGGAGGAAGGCGAGUACUAUGAUCAUCUGUACUCUCCUGCUGUUCGUUAUCGUUGGAUCCCAUGGUUUCUCAAAGACACGUCUGUGAUAGCUUGGACUGUUAUUAUAUGCGCUUUAUUCAUCGCCUUUGUGCUAGUCAGUUUUAUCCAUGAUGCUAUCCGGGGAGGCUUCCCUCCACGACUGCCGACACUGCCUUCUACUGGCGCCUUCUCGUCCUCCAACUUCUGCUACAGUUUUGUUCCAGCCCUCAUCGGAAACAUCUUCUUCCUCGCCUGGCAGCCUAUUGACGUCUUCUUCCGUGCGUCGCAACCCUUUGCUUCGUUGUCUUCGUCCGAUGGUGCACGGGCGGAAGAGAGUCUGUUGCUCGCGUAUCCUUCCUGUUUUCCUUUCCAGGUGACCGUCCUAGCGGUCGUCAACAAGCAUUACAAAGUGGCUUGGAUCUCAUUUAUGAGUGUUGCGUCUGCUGCCAUUCCGAUUCUCGCUGGAGGUGUAUUUAUUGCCUUGAAUUACCCAGCCGAGCACGUCGUGAAAAUUGCAGCAUCGAUGCCUGCUUUUUACGCGAUGGUGGUAUUCUGUGCUCUCUAUACUGUUUCCUUCUUGUGCAUCUGGCCGCGCCGCCGACGCUACCUUCCGCAUGAUAUCAGCACGCUCGCCGGUCUGAUCAGCUUCCUCUAUCAGAGUCCUCUCCUCGCGGAUAAAAUUCUGCGCGAGCCUAGGAGCAAGGCCGAUCUCGUCACUCGACUCGUUGUCGCACCACCCGGGGACCGAGAGCAUUCAGUGUACGGCUUUGGGAUCUAUAGUGUUCAGCUGCCGGUGGAGGACACGGUGACGUCUUUGUUCUUCAGCUCCUAUCUUUAUUCGCCCAAGGACCCGUUAAUCCGCGAAGGGUUCAUGGAAAUGGUGCCCGCGGCUUACUCGAACGCGCAGCCUGGGUCGCAUUUAAAACUCAUCACUUUGGCGGUCUCUUUCUUCUCGGUGUGCGCGUGGACGGGAAACCGAUCGUAUCUACGGACUGCCGAACAGCUGUGUGCGCAAGCAAUAGCUAAGACCAGGGAAGCGAUCCAAGCUGGCAUUGACCAAAAUCAGGACGAGAUCCUGAUGACAGUGCUGUUGCUGUCAAUAUAUGAGGAAUUUUUGGCUUUGAAGGAGCGCCGACCUCCCGGAAAGACACAUCUGCGUGGCGCGAUUGCCUUGGUGAAUAGUCGCAGUCCCGAUCAGCGGGAGACGGACGUCGCGGUAACGCUGGAAAAUGCAGUGCAUGCGCAGCUUAUCAAAAUGUCCAAAGGGCUCGCGUACCCCGUCAUGCAGACUCCCAAGAUCUGGCCGCCCGCGCCAAUUGCCCCCGACUCAGCCUCCACUCAACUACUGAUGGCGACGUCUGAUCUGGUCAGCCUCCGCCAAGCCUGGGAUAAGCUCGCCCUGGAGGUGCCUACCGAUGUCACCGCGCUUGAGGAGAUUCUCACACGGGCGAGGCAUCUAGAUACCAGGCUGGUGGCCUGGACGCAUGCCCUACCCGACCACUGGCACCCCGUCCCUGCGACAAUGAUAUCGGAUUCCAUCCGUAAAGUGGGCAUGUACAAGAAUCGAUGCGACUGCUACUCGGACCUCUGGAUCGCCAGCACCUGGAACUUCUACCGUGACUCGCGCAUCGUCAUCCAGAACAUUAUCCUGGGCUGCCUGCGCCGUCUUGGGCCGCCCCUCCGUGCCGACGAGAUCCAGUGCGCAUUAGACGUCAUCCAGGAUUCCGCCGUUGGGAUCUGCGCCACCGUCCCGUACUUCCUUGGCAGUCAGUCGCAGCCGGCGCAGGUGGGCAUGGAGAAGAUCGACUACCCUGAGGCGAACAGCCGACGGGUGAGCGCGGCUCACCGGCAAACAUCUCCGCUGUUGGGGGGAUGGCUCGCAUCGAACAACUUGCUGAAUAUGACUAUGCUUCCUCUAACGGAUGAGCUGCGUGAUUGGAUUUUGGAGCAGAAGCAGCGCGUGCUGCGGAUCUACACAUGUUCAGUCGACCACCAGGUGACUCCACGGGACCAUACCUCAUUUGCAAUUGACCUCGAGAGCUACCAACCAACAAAAGUAAUCAUCAUGGGUCUCCUCCGCUACUUCAUCCCCCCUCAACAACAACCCCAACAACAAGAAGAAUCACGAGAACCCUCCUCCGCAACCCAAACAACCCUCCCCUCGACACCAACAGAAAUCGACCCCCCCCUCCCGAAACUCUGGACUCCGCAGACGAAUCUAAAACUCUUCCUCGGCGGCCUGGCCUUCUUCGCCCUCACAGCCUUCACGACGCGCCGCGCGAUCCAGAAGCGCCAGAUCGCCGGCAUCCCGCCGUUCUUCACGUCGGCGCAGUACCACAGACCGGCCGUCAGCGGCGGGGUGGAGGCGUUUGAGGCGCUAAAUCUGGCGACGUUGAACGUGUUGGCGCUGGCGAUGGCGGGGACGGGCGGGGUGUUGUACGCGAUGGAGAUUAAUUCCGUGGAGGAUAUGCGGCGGUAUGUGCGGCGGGUGUCGCUUUCGGAGGAGGAUGCGGCGAAGGGGCUCGCGGAGGGGGAUCGGGAGAUGGAGCGGGAGGUGGAGGCUUGGGCGGCGAAGGUUUUGGGGGAGAAGUUUGGGAAGGAGUUGAAGGCGCAGCGGGAGAAGGAGUUGUUGGAGCUGGAAGAAAAGAAGGGGAAGGGGAAUUGAGUUGAGAUGAGUUGAGUUAUUUACUAAGAGGACUGAUACGGGAACGGUCUUGAUGAUUGAAAAUAUGGAUAUGGGUUGGGUGGGAUGGAUGGAUGGAUUAAUCUAUCUGGAUGGAGUUUUCGGUUUCGGUUUCCGGGAUAUAAUCUCUACUUUUUUUUUUCUUUGCUUCGCUCGUGGCAUACAUACAUACAAUACCCUACUCUUGUAUUUACUGCAUCUGCAUCAUCUACUAACCUG